AUGUUAAAAUUUAUUCGUAAUAAAGUUCAAGAAAAAAAACUUCAAGAACUUGAAAAAAGUUUCAAUAGAAAAGUUCCUGAAGAUAUUGCUACGAAUCCAGACGUUGUCAAUCUCAUUUUAAAAUAUCUAAAAGAUAAAGAAAACUACGAAAUGCCAGCACUCAUAUUUAUCUGGAAUAACGCGGGAUUCAAUGAUACAAUGGUACCAAAUUGUCGUAAUGGUGUCACAGGGCAGACACAAGGAACUAUAAUCGCAAAUCUAGUCACAAAUGGAGCGAUAAAUUAUAUGAAUAUGAAUACAUUAUUUAUUUUUCAGAAAGGUGAAGCAAUCAGUAAUUGGUCCAACAACGUGGAGACAAACUUAUCUUGGGCAAGAAAACAAGCUGGGGUUCCCAAUAUUUGUCAUCAACUCAUAAGAAUAGGUAAGAUUUCGGUGCACACGGCAAAUGCAGAUGUCGAGGAUUAUUUACAUGUUUUAAAAUGA